UCUGAAGAGACAGAGAAAUGCUGAAUGGAGAUGCUGAUUGGGGACCACAAGGUAUAUACUUUAGAGCAGGAAAAAGAAUGUAAGCAUGAUUUCUACAGGAGGCAGAUUAAGGACAGGAGGUAAUAAUUCACCCCAGUGCUAAUUCUGUUUGAAACCAGGCUCAAGUCUUCUCCUCUUUCUCCACCAGGCCUGCUGUGAUUUACUCUCCCUGGGGAUGAGCAGAGUGGCUCCUGGUCGCUGACUACUCCAGCAUUCACUGCAGGAUGGCCCAGCUCAUCCAUGCCCUUUGGAGCCUUUGCAUCACCACGGUCCUUGUCACCUCAGCCACACAAGGUCUAAGCCGUGCUGGCUUACCCUUUGGCCUGGUUCGGCGGGAACUGGCAUGUGAGGGCUAUCCGAUUGAGCUGCGCUGCCCAGGCAGUGAUGUCAUCAUGGUGGAGAAUGCGAACUAUGGCCGCACAGAUGACAAGAUCUGUGAUGCUGACCCCUUCCAGAUGGAGAAUGUCCAGUGCUACCUGCCGGACGCCUUUAAAAUCAUGUCCCAAAGGUGCAAUAAUCGGACACAGUGUGUAGUGGUGGCUGGCUCAGAUGCUUUUCCAGACCCUUGCCCUGGCACCUACAAGUACUUGGAAGUCCAGUAUGACUGUGUCCCCUACAAAGUGGAACAGAAAGUAUUCGUUUGCCCAGGGACGUUGCACAAGAUCCUGGAACCUACCUCGGCCCACGAAUCAGAGCACCAGUCUGGAGCUUGGUGCAAGGAUCCUCUUCAAGCUGGAGACCGAAUAUAUGUCAUGCCUUGGAUCCCAUACAGGACAGAUACCCUGACAGAGUAUGCUUCAUGGGAAGACUAUGUAAGUGCCCGACAUACCACCACAUAUCGCUUGCCCAACAGAGUCGAUGGCACUGGCUUUGUGGUGUAUGAUGGAGCAGUCUUCUACAAUAAAGAGCGGACACGCAACAUUAUCAAGUAUGACCUGCGGACACGGAUUAAAAGUGGAGAGACGGUCAUCAACACAGCCAACUAUCAUGACACUUCACCCUACCGCUGGGGUGGCAAGACUGACAUUGACUUGGCUGUAGAUGAAAAUGGGCUAUGGGUCAUUUAUGCCACUGAAAGCAACAAUGGACGGUUAGUGGUGAGCCAGCUCAAUCCUUAUACACUACGCUUUGAAGGCACAUGGGAAACUGGCUAUGACAAACGCUCGGCAUCCAAUGCUUUCAUGGUGUGUGGAGUCCUCUAUGUGGUACGGACAGUCUAUGUUGAUGACGACAGUGAGGCUGCAGGGAACCGUGUUGAUUAUGCCUUCAAUACUAAUAUGAAUCGUGAAGAACCUAUCUCUCUGACAUUCCCUAAUCCUUACCAGUUCAUCUCUUCCAUUGACUAUAACCCCCGUGAUAAUCAGCUUUAUGUAUGGAAUAAUUACUUUGUUCUGCGUUACUCUCUUGAGUUUGGUCUACCUGAUCCUAGCACUGGCCCGGUCACCUCGACGCCACUCAGCACGACAACAACUAUUCGUCCUACCACUGUCACCAGCACAAUAUCACCUGCUGUUACGACUACUCGGCAGCCACCCCUUACAACCCACCCCAUAGGUGCCAUAAAUCAGAAGGGUACAGAACUGCACCCAGUCACUGCCAUAAUGCCCAGUACCCGCCGUCCACCAGCAAACAAUCAGCACAUCUUUCCAGAGCUCUUCUGUGAAGCAAAGGAGGUGAGGCGUGUCCAGUGGCCAGCCACACAACAGGGCAUGCUGGUGGAAAGGCCUUGCCCAAAGGGCACAAGAGGUAUUGCCUCUUUCCAAUGUCUUGCUUCUCUUGGUAUUUGGAACCCACGAGGGCCUGAUCUCAGCAACUGCACAAGUCCUUGGGUCAACCAGGUGGCCCAAAAGAUCAAGAGUGGAGAGAAUGCAGCCAAUAUUGCUACUGAGCUUGCCAGACAUACGCGUGGUGCCAUCUAUGCUGGAGAUGUUAGUUCCUCUGUCAAAUUAAUGGAGCAGCUCCUAGAUAUCUUGGAUGCUCAGCUGCAGGCACUGCGUCCAAUUGAGAGGGAGUCGGCUGGCAAAAACUACAACAAGAUGCAUAAGAGAGAAAGGACAUGCAAAGACUAUAUUAAGGCUGUGGUGGAGACUGUGGACAACCUCCUGCGUCCAGAGGCACUCGAAUCAUGGAAGGACAUGAAUGCCACAGAGCAGGUGCACACUGCCACCAUGCUCCUUGACAUCCUAGAAGAGGGAGCUUUCCUUCUGGCUGACAAUGUCAAAGAACCAGCCCGGUUUGUCACUGCUAAGAAUAAUGUUGUGUUGGAGGUCUCUGUGUUAAAUACAGAGGGGCAAGUGCCAGAUAUUGUGUUCCCACAUGAAUAUACUACCAGAAACUCAAUCCAGCUAUCAGCCAACACAAUCAAGCAAAACAGCCGUAAUGGGGUGGUCAAAGUCGUUUUCAUCCUCUACAAUAAUUUGGGAUUUUUCCUCUCUACUGAGAAUGCCACAAUCAAGCUUGGAAGUGAAGUUGGUCCACUUAGCCCCUCACUUGUUGUCAAUUCCCAAGUUAUUGCUGCUUCUAUCAACAAGGAAUCUAGUCGUGUCUUCCUUAUGGACCCUGUCAUCUUUACACUCUCCCACCUGGAGGACAAGAAUCAUUUCAAUGCCAAUUGCUCUUUCUGGAACUACUCAGAGCGUUCCAUGAUGGGAUACUGGUCCACACAGGGCUGCCGACUGAUGGAGACCAACAAGACCCACACCACCUGUGCUUGCAGUCAUCUCACCAAUUUUGCUGUCCUCAUGGCACACCGUGAAAUUUAUCAGGGUCGCAUCAAUGAACUUUUGCUGUCUGUCAUCACCUGGGUGGGCAUUGUGAUAUCUCUGGUCUGCUUGGCCAUUUGCAUAUCCACCUUUUGUUUCCUCCGUGGAUUGCAAACUGACCGCAACACCAUCCACAAGAACCUCUGCAUCAAUCUCUUCAUGACUGAGCUCCUUUUUCUUAUUGGAAUUGACAAGACACAGUAUGAGAUUGCCUGCCCCAUCUUUGCAGGGCUACUGCACUACUUCUUCUUGGCAGCAUUCUCCUGGAUGUGCCUGGAGGCCAUUCACCUUUACCUCAUGCUGGUUGAAGUCUUUGAAAGCGAGUACUCCCGCAGGAAAUACUAUUACUUGGGUGGCUAUUGUUUCCCUGCUCUGGUAGUGGGAAUUGCUGCUGCCAUUGACUACCGCAGCUAUGGCACUGAAAAAGCUUGCUGGCUUCGAGUUGAUAACUACUUUAUCUGGAGUUUCAUUGGACCUGUUUCUUUCGUUAUUGGGAUCAACCUUGUAUUCCUCAUGAUCACUCUGCACAAGAUGAUCCGCAACACAUCUGUCCUCAAGCCUGACUCCAGCCGACUGGACAAUAUCAAGUCUUGGGCACUUGGAGCCAUUACCCUCCUUUUUCUCCUGGGCCUCACCUGGGCAUUUGGCCUCCUCUUUAUCAACAAGGAGUCUAUUGUCAUGGCCUACCUCUUCACUACCUUCAAUGCUUUCCAGGGCAUGUUCUUCUUUGUCUUUCAUUGUGCACUGCAGAAAAAGGUGCACCGGGAGUUCAGCAAAUGCCUGCGACACGCAUCCUGCUGCCUACGGAGCCCACCAGGUGCCACACUAGGUUCCCUCAAGACCUCAGCUAUCCGCAGCAACAACCGUUACUACUCUGGAACACAGAGCCGAAUCCGGAGAAUGUGGAAUGAUACUGUAAGGAAACAGACUGAGUCCAGCUUCAUGGCAGGUGAUCACAACAGCACUCCGACACUUAACCGAGGUACAAUGGGGAACCACCUGUUGACCAACCCUGUGCUGCAGACACGGGGUGGGACCAGUCCCUACAACACACUCAUUGCUGAGUCUGUGGGCUUCAACCCUGCCUCACCCCCUGUCUUCAACUCUCCAGGGAGCUUCCGAGAGUCCAAGCACCCCCUGAACAACAGCCGAGACGCUUGUGGCAUGGACACCCUCCCGCUCAAUGGCAACUUCAAUAACAGCUACUCCCUCCGCAGUGGUGACUUCCCCGCCGAGGGUACCAAGAUGGCUGAUUGUCGACGAAACCUGAGUGAUGCUGCGGCCUUUGAAAAAAUGAUCAUCUCUGAGCUGGUGCAUAACAACUUGAGGGGGGGAGGCAGCGGUGCAGUCAAGGGAGGUGGGGGUUCCACUGAGACCUCCAAUCCCCCUGGGCCUCCUCCCCCUCCCAAUGCAGUAGCAGGGGGAGGGGGAGCCAGCAAUGAGGAUGAUGCCAUUGUGCCUGAUGCCCCUUCCUUGACCCAUGAGGAGAACAUGGAAAUUGAACUUAUGUAUAAGGCCUUAGAGGAGCCACUCUUGCUUCAGAGGGCGCAGUCCAUCCUCUACCAGAGCGACCUGGAGGAGUCAGAGAGCUGCACAGCUGACCUGACAGAGGGGGGUGACGGCCAAGCUCCUUCACCCAACAGGGACUCUUUAUACACCAGUAUGACCAAUCUGAGGGACUCCCCGUAUCCGGACAGCAGCCCUGAGGCAGUUGGGGAAGUGCUUCCUCACGCCCAAGCCAUCAAUGAGAUCUACUAUACCAACCGGCCAGCCUUGGUGCCGCGCAACCAGCUCCAGGCCUACUACCAAGUCCGGAGACCCAGCAAUGAUGGGUAUUUGGUCCCAGCAAGCUUAGAGAACCCUGCAGUGGAGGGAGAUGGCCAAAUGCAGCUGGUGACCAGCCUUUGAGGGGCUGAAAAGGGACUGAGGGACCAUACCUCCCAACCCCAACAUGGCAUCCUUGCUGUGACCUGAACAUUUUCAUUUUUUCCUGGAGAAAUGGUGGGGAAGAAGAGAAUGGAGCAGGCUGGGGAAUGAGUGGAGGAGAGAAGGUAGAAGAAAGAGCUGAGGCAGAGGUCUUCUCCAAAGAGAUGGGUAGCCAUUUUAUCCAGCUAUCUUUCCAUCCGCUUAGUUUUCCAGACAGAAAGUGAGACAUUGCCUAUUAGAAUAUGUCAGUUCCUUUUCCAGGCAAAUGGAAUCAAGGAAAGAGAGCAGUAUCUAGGCAAGAAGAUCAGACUUACAACAAUACCUCCUAGAGAGUGGAGGAGGAACCAUAGAUUGAGAAAGUUUGAAAGUGGAAUAAUUAAUUUUUUAUUGCUUCAAUAAUCAAAGCCAUGAGGGUGCCAUAUGCAGAGAAUGGGAAACAUGGGGGAAUACCCUGCACCCACUCUCCACCCUCCCUUCCCCAUGACUUUAUUGGCUUGUUUUUCAACAAGAAAAAAAAAGAGGAACAAACAGGCACAUGGCCUUCUUAGGGUUUAGGUGCAACCAAUGGCCACCCACCCCCAAAUCAUAGGAAGAGGUACACAUGGGGAGAAAGGAAGGAGUUGUUCAGUUGAUGCUUAAGACCAGAACUAGCCUUCCAGUAUUUGUUGGAAUUCCCACAGAUUAUCAGUGGGAUUUCUAUUGGCUCCUUAUUUAUUGCAUCAGAGUGGCAAGACUUCAGAAAAAUGAUCUUUUUUUUUUCUUUGUCCUUUUAAAGCUACAUAGAUGUGUUUAAGAUGCACCAUUGCUUCUAGGGAAGAAGGAGGAAGUAGCACUGAGCUGGCUUAUUUUCGUUUUUUCUUUACUUUUUGUUGCCACAUUUGAUGGUCAUUCCCCCUUUUAAUUUCUUUUCUGUGGCCACCAAGCUUGAAAUCAUACAAAAUACAGAUGAGGAGGGAUGGAAUUGAGGGCAGCUGUCAGCUCUGUCAAUCCCUCACCCAGUCUACUGUGUUCCUUCUCCAACGUUUAGUAGUGAUGCAAGAAGAAUCAUCUUCCUUCUGUUUCAUUCCUGCCUGUGAAGAAGCAAAAAUCAGGAGUACUUGCAAUGCAAAUAUGGCUGCCAUCCGAACAUAUUUGGGACCACAUGAGGGGAAAUAGGAGUGUUGAACUCUUUCUUUCUUUUUUUUUCCAAACUGGAUGGAUUGUGUCUUUCAAACAAAUGAGAAAAACAAAACAAAAACACUAACCCAGACUGCACUUUUUUCCCCAAAGGAAGAAAUAGCAAAUCUCCCUCUUCAAGCACAACUCAACUUUUCUCAGCAGCUCUCCUCCUGGGGAGCUAGAGGAGGAACCGGUCUCACCUAGAGGCACCAUAUCUCUGGCGGGCGGUGGGCAGGGAGAAAGGGGUCUAAGGGAAGGGGGAAGGGAUGUCAGUUGAAAUACUGUAAAUAGGAGAUCCUCAAAACAACAAGCAAGAAUCGAUUUACUCACUUGAAAAAGGAAAACUACAAACCAAGGAACUUUUCUGUCUGGGUUUGAAAUAUAUCUAUAUCUAUAUACUAAUAGAUACAGAUAUAUAGCACUCCGCUCUGCUCUGGCCCCAUGUGUAUAUGGGAGCAUUAAAGGGGAAAGAAAAUCCCUGCUUUGAUGAAGACAAUGGGGGGAACCUACCAAGAGCAGAUUUUUACAAUCAAGGAAAGAAAAA